AUGCAAUCGUCAAUAACAAAAUUCUGCAGUUUUUUGGAUGGUAAGAUUCGUCAAAUUGGACAUAAAUUAAAAAAUUAUUUCAAAGUGUAUGAUAAUGUAUUGGAGUCAAGUUCAACGUUAGAAUCAAAACGUUCAGCAGAUGAAACAUUUAUUAAUCAAUUUCCAACUACAAUUUCUUUCACUGAACAUGUACCCGUUAAUCAUAAUCGUAUCACAAAACGAUAUACCAUUCAAGUUUAA